GUUUCUUGGUUUCUAUCUUUACUCGAAUGGUUCCCCUGCAAACAUAUAACAGUAUUCAGACACUGGAAGUGACUGAGCUGAGUUUUGAGAAACGAUGCGGACUCUGGCGCAGCGGUCGGUUCGAAAUGGGCGAUGCGGUAGACUUAACGCUCUUCAAUGCCCUUACGCUGCUUCUACCUCCUGUCAGCGAACUAAAGCAAGACCUAGAAACCCAAAUGAGUAAUGAGCGUAAAAUAAUCAACACCAUUUUUGACGCAAAAAUUUAUGAUGCCAACGUCCCUUCGGAUCCUCCAGCGGAAGUGUUGCCCCUAUUUUUUGUCGACCAUGUGGAAGCCCUGAACGAGGAACAGCAACUGAUGAUUUUACAUGGAGGUCUUCUGUUGAUUUGGAGGGACAGCCGACUCGUAUGGAAUGCAUCCGAGUAUGGAAAUAUACAUGAAAUCACCAGAAGACGAGUACUACUCGACGGGAAGAUCUGGCUACCCAAGGUUUACUUAACAGAAUUAUUUUUUCGGACAGCUAACAUACUAAAUUUCGAGACGACAGAACUUACAAUUACGAACAUGGGACACAUCCGUUGCAUGGUUGACGUGCUCGUAAAAACAACGUGCUACUUCGAAUAUGAUAACUACCCACACGAUACUCAGAACUGCUCCUUUACUAUGUAUAGCCCGUUCACCAUAGAAAAAAUGAAAUUUACGGAUUACGGCGGCGCUGAGAAGACACACUAUCAGUCCCGUAGCGGGAAGCCAUCAAAGGUCGACGUCGGCGAUUUCUUGCUUGAGAAAAUUGAAGCGAAGAAUAUAUAUCUCGUUCCUGGAUCCAAGGUCAUCGAAUCAGUGGAGGGGUAUCCAAAAAAGAUGGUCCGAUCAGUGUUCUAUUUCAAUCUAAUAUUCCGUCGGCACAAUAUAUUUUACACAACUCGCAUGGCCAUGCCCUUGUUUACAAUCAGCUGUCUAACCUACGCCUUCUGUCUUCUGCAGUCACAGCAUGGAUUAAUCUGGCUACUUCUUUGCUUAGUUGUUCAAAUAAUGAAUGGAGCAAUUCUGAUGGAGAAUUUGCCUCCUGACUAUAAAAAAAUGCCCACUAUUGGUUUUGUUGCAACACUGGUGUUAUUUGAAACUAUUGUAUUGAUUAUCUGGAGAUUUCUCACAAUAUUCUUCAUACAGUCAAUGCCGGAGCGAGCUGAUAUACGGUCGAGAAUUGAAGUUAUUGAAAAAUUCUUAUGUGUGUACUUGAUGAUUCGAAUCAUUCAUAUCUAUGUGAGGUUGUUUUAGAUUAACCUAAUUCUAGUAAUUUAUUGUGUUGAAUAAUUUGCCCAGUACAGUUUCACAUUGAUCUGUUGUGGAUUUUUGCGCUUCUUUCAAAUGUGGAGAUGAGGAGGAU